AUAGUGGAUUUGAUCAGGCUGCCUUAUCGGCUGGCAGCAGGCAGGAAAAGGUGCAGGAGACGGCGGGGAGAGGAGAGAUCCAUGUUAGAAACAACAAGCUUAAAUGAAGAUUGACUAGAGAGGGUCAUAGUCCGCGUGGUACUGCCAUCGGAGACCGUCCCUGCCCUCGCACUGGCUUUCAACAAUGUUGCCAGUUUUUUUUGGUUGCGUGGAAACUGAAACGGCAGCACUGAGCGAGCCCUGCCUGAACCGUGGGAGCAUUUCCAGUGGCGCUCCUUGGAGGUUGCCAGAGCAGCACUCAGCACAAGUUUAACGAGCAGCUAAAAAGACUUGAUGGAAGCGAACCAAAACAUUGAUAUGACUACCUGGUUGGGAGCGCUCUGAUCCGGGGGAUUUCAUUGUGGAGCUCUUGCUUGGACGCGCAUGAUGAAAAGAAGGGGGAAAGCGGCUAAGACGCUCAACAGCUACUGGGGAGGUUGAUGUGGACAUCAUCCUUCGCAAUCUGGAGCAUGCCAUUAUUCCAUGAUGCCCCUACUUGCAGACUGGCUUCUGCGCCACUCGGUGGUAAUGUGUUUGCUGCUGCACAGCUUGGUGCUUAUGACCUUCUGCUUCCACAAUGCUGCCACUAGUUGUUCCAAGAGCUGCUACUGCUCUGAGAGUGACGGUGCUGGCAAGACUUUGCGCUGCAGCAAUAUGCAACUCACAGAGAUCCCACAGGAUAUCCCCAAUGACACCCGUAGAAUCUACCUGGACUUCAACCUCUUCACCACAGUACCCAUGAAUGCUUUCGCAGGGUUGCACCAGCUGGUCGAACUGGAUCUAUCACACAAUGAGCUCAGCCAGUUAGAACCAGGGGCAUUCAGAGGCCUUGGAUCCUCGCUACAAUUCUUAGACCUUUCUUCGAACAAGCUAGUCAACUUUAACCCAGAUGCUUUCGAAGGCUUGCGGGCUCGCACCAAUCUGACAAACAACCCAUGGCAUUGCGACUGCAACUUGCAGAUGGCAAUGCCCCGUGUGGACAUAGAGCCUGCAUCUCUAACAGGCAUAGUGUGCAAGACUUCAGAUCCUGAAGAGAUAGGAGUACAAGGACUUGCCUUCCUGUUGGCACCAGAGAUAGACUUAUGUGUGGUGAUGAAGAGGACUACAGAUGUGGCCAUGCUGGUUGUCAUGUUUGGCUGGUUCACCAUGGUCAUCUCCUACCUUGUCUACUAUGUCAGGGCCAAUCAGGAGGACGCUCGCAGACACCUGGAGUAUCUCAAGUCGUUGCCCAGCAGACAGGGCAAGUCAGAAGAGUCUUCCACCAUUAGUACUGUUGUAUAAGAGCUACUCAUGGAACUGGAAAGGUAGCCCAAACCAAAAUGGUUGGGUCCACAAUCAUACAACUUCAGGGUCGUCAUAACUCUCAGAUGGUUUUACAAACUGUUGUCAUGGGAUCAAGGUGGACAACAAGACAUGCGCCUGCACAAGAAACCAGGCCAAUGCAACCUAGCCCGGAUCAAGUAUUCAUCUUUCAACGGCCCAUUACGAGUAUUGUAGAGAUGAUGGUCCAGUCUGCGCACAAAGGGAGUAAAAGCAGUAUUAUGUUUCGGCAAACUCCAAACAUGGGCUACAAAUGGGGUUUAUCCAGUAGUGCAUGCACCUUGAUGCACCAUGCUCAGACAGUCCGGGAUGCAACAUAAGAUAGUAUAGAAACGACAGACAUUGGUAACAGUAGAAUAAAGAACUCCACUUACAACUGUUUUCCCUUCUGCUCCGUAUGGCAUUACUGGUAUAUUAAACAAAAUUUUCCAUUUAUGUUGUUGUUUUGGUUGUUUCUCUUAAAAGGAAACUUUGUCAAUGUUUCAUAAAAGUAUUAAUGAUCUGAAUCACCCUUUAGAAAUUGCAGAUUCAGCUCACUGUGCUGAUGAAUCAGAUUGCUGUGUGAUGAAGGACUCAACGGUUAUUCUGUUAUGUUUGAUACAAGCUACUGUACAAGAUAUCCAUACUGAUGAGACCCGAAAACCUCCAAGCUGUCUGUUUAUGUUAAGAAUAUUUGACAAGAAACUUCUGCUAGCUCCAGUAACCCUCAGAAUCCGUAAGUGACCCAUGCAGCACACUCUUAACUGCACAGAUAUGAUCCUUCGUCUAUCUAGACUAUCAUCUUCUCGACAAAUGCAUUGUCACAUUAUUUUUUGAGAGGGAAAUAAUAGAACUCAUUGUCAAUGGGGUGAUACAACCCCAGUUCAAAAAGAGUUAAGAUGCUGUGUAAAAUGUCAAUAAAAACGGAAUUUGA